CCACACCUCUUCCCUGUUCUUCACAGUACCAACACUUCAAUCCCUAUUCUACCUCUUCAUCCGCCAUUGUUGUCAAGCUCAAAUGGCUGAGAUCGAAGGCUCUCCUGGAAGCUCCAUGCAUGGAGUCACAGGAAGAGAACAAACAUUCGUAGCCUCAGUUGCCUCUCCAAUGGUUCCCACCGACACCACAGCCAAAUUUGCUCUCCCUGUAGAUUCUGAACACAAGGCCAAGGUUUUCAAACUCUUCUCUCUCGCCAAUCCCCACAUGAGAACCUUCCACCUUUCGUGGAUCUCCUUCUUCACCUGCUUUGUCUCCACCUUCGCAGCAGCCCCUCUUGUCCCCAUCAUCCGCGACAACCUCAACCUCACCAAAAGCGACAUUGGAAACGCCGGCGUUGCUUCUGUGUCCGGAAGCAUUUUCUCUAGGCUUGCAAUGGGUGCAGUGUGCGACCUCUUGGGUCCACGUUAUGGCUGCGCCUUCCUCAUCAUGCUCUCCGCCCCCACCGUCUUUUGCAUGUCCUUUGUGAGCGAUGCUUCUGGGUAUAUAGCGGUUCGGUUCUUGAUAGGGUUCUCCUUGGCCACCUUCGUGUCUUGCCAGUACUGGAUGAGCACCAUGUUCAACAGCAAGAUCAUAGGGCUAGCGAAUGGUACCGCGGCGGGGUGGGGGAACAUGGGUGGCGGAGCCACCCAGCUCAUAAUGCCUUUGGUGUACGAACUUAUCAGAAGAGCCGGGGCUACUCCCUUCACCGCUUGGAGGAUUGCAUUCUUUGUUCCGGGUUGGUUGCAUGUCAUCAUGGGGAUCCUGGUCCUAACUUUAGGUCAGGACUUGCCUGAUGGAAACCUUGGGGCCUUGCAGAAAAAGGGUGAUGUAGCCAGAGAUAAGUUUUCUAAGGUGCUAUGGUAUGCCAUAACGAAUUACAGAACAUGGAUUUUUGCUCUUCUCUAUGGGUACUCGAUGGGAGUUGAAUUGACAACAGACAAUGUCAUUGCCGAGUAUUUCUAUGACAGAUUUAAUCUGAAGCUUCACACUGCUGGGAUCAUUGCUGCCUCAUUUGGAAUGGCAAACAUAGUUGCUCGACCCUUUGGAGGGUAUGCUUCCGAUGUUGCAGGGAGGUUGUUUGGCAUGAGGGGAAGAUUGUGGACCCUUUGGAUCCUCCAAACCUUAGGAGGGGCUUUCUGUAUCUGGCUGGGCCGUGCCAAUUCUCUUCCUAUUGCUGUGUUGACCAUGAUUUUGUUCUCUAUAGGAGCUCAAGCUGCAUGUGGUGCAACUUUUGGUAUCAUUCCUUUCAUCUCAAGAAGGUCUUUGGGGAUCAUAUCAGGUCUUACUGGUGCAGGUGGAAACUUUGGGUCUGGUUUGACCCAAUUGGUUUUCUUUUCAACCUCGAAAUUCUCCACUUCCACGGGUCUCUCCUUGAUGGGGGCGAUGAUAGUGGCUUGCACUCUUCCUGUGACUCUUGUUCAUUUCCCACAGUGGGGUAGCAUGUUCCUACCCCCCUCAAAAGAUGUCAACGAAGAACUCUAUUACACCUCUGAAUGGAAUGAAGAGGAGAAACAGAAGGGCUUGCACCAGUCAAGUCUCAAGUUCGCCGAGAAUAGCCGAUCUGAGAGAGGAAAACGCGUGGCUUCAGCUCCAACACCUCCAAACACAACUCCCACCCAUGUCUAAUUACAGAACAGUAUUCAAACUUUAAAUUCCCAUAUAUAAGUGAAGCUUUUUCUAAUAAAAGACCUUGUACUUAACAUGUAGACAUCGAAUGUUCUGGUUUACUGAUUCGUGUAGGAGAGUUGCUUAGCUGUGCUGAGUGCUAUACCAUAAUCAAUAUGUCAAUGCAGAUCUUGAUGCAGAGUAUUGAUAGUAUCAGUUGAAUAUUCCAGAGUUGAAAUGGAAUCGUUUAUAUUAUGCAA